AUGACGUCAGGCGAUGAGACGACCUGUGAGAGGCCAGAAAAUCUCGGGUUACGCAGAGAGUUAUUGGAACCUAAUUUGACGAACACACGCACGACACGCCAUGGAGACUGUUUCUUAAUCUGCACGUAUAAUGCCAGAACACUCUCCACAGACGCCGAUCUUCACGCCCUUCUUGUAGCCGCAGAUCGCAUUAAAUUUCAUGUGAUCGCAUUACAAGAAACAAAAGUCAAGAAAACCGACAUGCGCGAACUAAACAACGGGACCCUUAUGAUUCGUGGAGGAAAGGUCUCGUCACGAAAUGUCGGAGGAGUAGGCUUUGUCGUCCACCCGUCCAUUGUCCAUCUCGUCGACUCAUACGUGAUCCUUUUUCCUCGCAUAGCCGUCCUCCGUCUUCAACUGUCGCAUCAUAAGAAGAUCACUAUCUUCAACUGCUACUCACCGAUCGACUCAGCUGAUGAGUACGAAUUAAAUGCGUUCUACUAUCAGUUGGAGGAAAUCAUCCGCAAUGAUAAAGUAUAUCAUAAAUUUGUUGUUCGAGACUCCAACGCCAAAAUAGGAAAGGCCAUCGAGAGCGAAUACAGGAUCGAAAAUUUUGGAUUAGGAGAAAGAAAUGGGAAUGGGAACCGUCUCGCAGGACUCUUGUCGGCAGCACGUCUCUUCCAUGGAAACUCGUUUUUCCAGAUGAAAGAAAGCCGCAGCUGGAAUGAAGGGACUCCCAACGACAUGACUCGUGUGGAGAUUGACCAUAUUCUGAUAAACAGAAGAUAG